UGGAUUCAGUGUGAUGCUCCGUGUAGAAGCUGUGCAAAGGGAGCACAUCUCUUAUACAAGCCAGCAAGAGGAAGCACAGUAGCACCUACGGAUUCUCUUUGCACUGAAGUUCAGAAAAAUCAGAGGCAUGGAAAUCAUGACAAUUUCCAACAGUGUGACUAUGAGAUUGAAUAUGCAGAUCAUAGCUCCUCCAUGGGGGUUCUCGUUAGAGAUUAUCUUCAUCUUGUCACAACAAAUGGGUCCAAGGCCAAUUUAAAUUUAGUUUUCGGGUGUGGAUAUGAUCAAGAGGGCUUACUUUUAAACACUUUGGCAAAAACAGACGGAAUCAUGGGACUCAGCAGGGCUAAAGUCAGUCUACCUUUUCAGUUGGCAAGCAAAGGGAUUAUUAAGAAUGUGGUUGGCCAUUGCCUAAGUAACCAUGAAGCUGGUGGUGGCUACUUGUUCUUGGGUGACGAUUUUGUGCCAUAUUGGGGUAUGACUUGGGCACCCAUGGUCAAUGUCCUUACCACAGAUUUAUACCAAAGCGAGAUUCUGGGAUUACGUUAUGGAAAUAGCCUGCUUGGUUUAAAUGGACCCAGCAAAGUAGGAAAGGUGGUUUUUGAUACUGGCAGUUCUUAUACAUAUUUUACAAAGGAGGCGUAUCUGAAUCUCGUUGCUUCUCUUAAAGAAGUUUCUGAGCUUGGACUUGUCCAAGAUGAUUCAGAUACAACUUUGCCUAUUUGCUGGCGAGCUAAUUUUGUGGUCAGAUCCGUCAAAGAUGUCAAUCACAUCUUCAAGACUCUGACUCUUAAAUUUGGAAGCAAAUGGUGGAUUUUGUCCGCUUUGUUUCAUAUACCGCCGGAGGGUUAUUUGAUUAUAAGCAACAAAGGGAAUGUAUGCUUGGCUAUACUUGAUGGCUCCGAUGUACAUGAUGGAUCCUCAAUUAUACUUGGAGACGUCUCAUUGAGAGGAUAUCUGGUUGUAUACGACAAUGUGAACCACAGGAUUGGUUGGGAGCGAGCAGACUGUGCAGUGCCAAGAAGAUUGAGAAAGUCACAGAAAUUCGUACCCCAGUAGCAAUAGCAUGCCCUGAUUCUCUCACCAAGAGGUGGAACAUGUUAUUAUAUCUUUUAUCAUUUUCCCUUUCAUAUUCUGAGGUGCUUUGAGCAGCAACUCGUUUUUCUAGUUUAUUACAAUCAUAUCUUUGUACAAAUCUAUCACCAUCUCACUGUGUAUAUGUAUAAAAUAAAUACGAGCGCAUAUAUGUAGCACAAACACACAGACUGAUAAUGAACAUCAAAGGUUAUUGUAUUCCUCUACCA